UUUUCAUUCAUUCUAAUUAAUAAAUUUUUAAUAAUUAGAAGAAUUUUUGGAAUUCCUAAUUCUAUUUUCUUUUCUAAUAAAGAUUUUUUAUAAAGAAUCAUUAUAGUUGCAAAAUAGUGGAGGAUUAUUUUAAUCAAUGAUCGUAGGAAAAAAAAUGAUUGAAAAGUGGAUUGAACUUUAGCGCAUUGACAUUUUGUUUCACGCGCAACUUUAAGUUUCCAGUUUAUAUUCACCCUUUGCUCUCACGAGGAUGAAACCGAAAGGAUUGUUAUAAUGUUCGUUUAAAUCAGAAUUAAAAGAAAAGAUAAAAGAAAACAAGGCAAAAAUUAUUGAAUGAUGAAAUUGGCAUUUAGGAUUUCCUAAAAAUAAAAUGCGAUUCCGUUUCGCAAGGGGAAUAUUAAUUUUAAUAUUAUUAGGCAAUAUAAUAGUGUGGCAUAAAAUUUGGAGGUUAUUCACAGUACAAAAUAAAUCUUUAAAGGAUAUUUCGAAUAUUAGUGAAAAUCCACAGAAAUUUCAUCGACGUCUCGCACGUCUUGUUACGGUUGUAAUAAGACAGUUCGAAACAUUUGAAAAUGAUGUCGCAUCAACAGUGGAGUCAAUAUUAAAUUCAUUUCCAAUAAUACAAAUUUUAAUAGUCUGCGAUGAAUUACCCUAUCCGCCGCUUGAAUUGAAUCUAUCAAAUAAUACACAAAAUUUACGACUCGUCAAUUUACAGCCGGACUUUAAUAAAUCAUUUGACGAACGUAAUCCCCUAUUUUACGUACGUACAAAAUUUAUUCUCAUUGUUCCGGAUUCAACCAGAAUAUCGAGUAAGCACAUGUUACAGGAUAUGAUCAAUCAUGUGACAAAAUUUGGAAUGACAAGUGUUGCAGUUGGUAAAAAUUCCUUGAGCUGUUUAAAUAUGGGUUUGAAAAUUAAAGAAUGGAGUUUAAAGAUCCAAAAUGUUGGUGGUACGAUUUGUGAUGCUGUGAUUGGAAGGCAUGUCAUCAUGUUAGAGACUUCUUUAUUAAAGAAAUUAUCCGAUCCAUUCAUGUUGCCAUUCACCGAUUCAAUUUACUUGCAAACAAGGGCCAUUGGAGUUAAGGUGAAUAUUUUACGAAAACAUCGUUUCAACGAGGGGAGGCCAUUGUACCGUAGUCAACAGACCCAGUGGAAGGUGCAACAACUACAUCGCAGUCGAGAGCGAGCGAUGCUGGAGAAAUUUGGCAUAAAAAAAGUCAUACGACCCUCGAGUGUCGUCGAAUGGUACGGCUGCUCGAGAGAAACUGUCCGCUGUUUCGGAUCAGUCGUAAACGGCGUGCCAUCGUAUCUCUAUCAAAAUAGAUACACACCACCGUGUUGUCUCGCGAGUCUCAGAAAAGUGGCCUAUCACGUUUUCGAUAAACUCGAAGAAGUUGGAAUUCGUUUUUGGCUCGAGGGCAAUUCACUGCUGGGCGCAAUGAGAAAUGGCGACAUUCUGCCAUGGCAUCAUGAAGUUGAAAUUGGAAUUAAUCGCGACGACCUGGGACGAUCGCCAUGGUUAGUAAAAGCACAAAAUAAGCCAAUUAUCGAUAAUCACGGUUUCGUUUGGGAGAAAGCGACUGAGGGUGAAUUUUUUAAAAUACAAUAUUCAAAGGUAAAUCGUUUACACGUGAAUUUAUUGCCAUUUUAUUCGAAUAAUGGAACAAUGAUUCGAGACGCAUGGUUCAUGAGAAAUCGGGAUUUUCCCGAACAAUUUUUACAUCCAAUGUCAACAAUUGAUUUUGCCGGUCGUCAAGUUCCUAGUCCAAAUAAUAUACGCGAUUUUUUAGAAAUCAAAUAUUAUAAAGGAGUCAUUGAAAAUCCAGAGAUACCGGGCAAAAUAUCUUUGGAUUAAAAAGAAAUGAAAAAUUAAGUAGUCUUCCAAAAAGAAAAUAAAUCAAUAAAUUUUCUUAUUUAUCCGUUUCAGUCAGACUGAUUCUUCAUCAAAUGUGAUAUCUCAAGGGAUUUAUAUAUGUGUAUUAGAAAUAGGUGUUAUUUUUUUAUUCAACUUGUUGAUUAUUGAAUUCAAUUUUAAUAGUUACGAUUUUCUCAUUAAGACUUUGAGAAUUUUUUAUAUAUUUUUUAUCUGUAGACGUUAUAAUAUUUAAUAU